AUGGCAUCACUCGGGUCACUUCUGCUCCUCGUGUGUUAUACAGCAUUUCUAACUGAGGUCAGGACUGUGGGACCUGCAGCAGUGACCACUGACCUGAAAUCUAAUCAAACAUCAGUCCUGAUUACACACAGGAGGAAAGAGACGCCGGUAAAACCUACAGCAAAGAUCUUUACUGCAGGAACUAAACCCAAACCUGUGGGACGCUUCAGGACCGAAGAUCUCACAGAGAAGAUCGAUCCGAUCCUGGAGAGACGGCUGUGGGGUAAAAAAGGACAACAGGAUCAGCCCCCCAAAUUAGAAUGCCCUCCGCUGGGUUUGGAGAGUCUGAGGGUUAAAGACGCCCAACUGCAGGCCUCCUCAUACAAGCGCCGUGGUCUCGGACCUCACCGCGGCCGCCUCAACAUACAGUCUGGUAUCAAUGACGGUGAUGUUUACGAUGGCGGUUGGUGUGCAGCAUACGAAGACAGGAAACAGUGGUUUCAGGUGGACGCCCUGAGAGCCACUCGCUUCACGGGGGUCGUCGUACAAGGUCGCAGUUCAAUCUGGAGCUGGAACUGGGUGGAGAGCUUCAAGGUGCAGUUUAGUAACGACUCGGUUACCUGGAGGCCCUCGGUGAACGGCACAAAGGAGGCGGUGUUUGAAGGGAAUCGUGACACUGACACGCCCAUCCUGGCCGUCUUUCCUGAGUCUGUGGUGGCUCGAUAUAUUCGGAUCAACCCACAAACGUGGUUCAAAAAUGGAACCAUCUGCCUGAGAGCAGAAGUGCUGGGAUGUGCAGUACCAGACCCAAACAACAUUCACCACCGGAACACGGAGGAGGAGAACCAGGACAAACUGGAUUUUAAACAUCACAAUUACAAGGAAAUUAGAAAGCUGAUGAGAUCUGUGCACGAAGCGUGUCCUGAUAUCACCCGUAUCUACAGCAUCGGGAGGAGCCACAUGGGUCUGAAACUGUACGUGAUGGAGAUCUCCAACAACCCGGGCAAACACGAGCUGGGUGAGCCGGAGUUUCGUUACGUGGCGGGGAUGCAUGGGAACGAGGUUCUGGGUCGAGAGCUGCUGCUGAACCUGAUGCAGUAUCUCUGUCAGCAGUAUAAACAAGGCGACCAGCGAAUCGUUCACCUGGUUAAAGAGACACGAAUACACCUGCUGCCAUCCAUGAACCCCGACGGCUACGAGAUGGCUUACAAGAAGGGGUCAGAACUGGCCGGUUGGGCCCUCGGUCGUUACAGUUAUGAAGGUCUGGACAUGAACAAUAACUUUGCUGACCUGAACUCUGUAAUGUGGGACGCGGCGGAGCUGGAAGCGGAUACGUCCAAACUCAUCAACCACCACGUCCCAAUUCCUAAAAUGUACCAGUCAGAGGAGGCGUUGGUGGCUCCGGAGACGAGGGCCGUGAUCACCUGGAUGCAGUCGAUCCCCUUCGUGCUCAGUGCCAACCUGCACGGAGGCGAGCUGGUGGUGGCCUACCCGUUCGACAUGGCGAGGGACUGGGCGCCACGUGAACACACACCCACCCCGGACGACAGCUUCUUCCGCUGGCUGGCAACUGUCUAUGCCAGCACCAACCACGUCAUGUCCGACCCAAACCGGAGGCCUUGCCACAACAAGGACUUCACCCAGCAGAACAACAUUGUUAACGGUGCCAACUGGCACACUGUGCCAGGCAGUAUGAACGAUUUCAGCUACCUGCACACAAACUGCUUCGAGGUGACAGUGGAGCUCUCAUGCGAUAAGUUCCCUCAUGCCAGCGAGCUGCCCAUCGAGUGGAAGAACAACAAAGAAUCUCUUCUCGUCUACAUGGAGCAGGUGCACCGAGGCAUCAGAGGAGUAAUAAGAGACAAAGAGACAGGAACUGGAAUCGCAAAUGCCAUCAUUAAAGUGGACGACAUUGAUCAUCAUAUCAGAUCCGCGUCCGAUGGCGAUUACUGGCGGCUGCUGAACCCCGGAGACUACCAGGUGAUGGUGAUGGCGGAGGGAUACGUACCAGUGAUGCGCUCCUGCAGGGUGGAGUACGAACAUUACCCCACCAUCUGCGAUUUCCGUUUAUCUAAAAAAAGGGUCAAGCAAAGGCUGAAAGACGCCCUCAACAAGAGGGGCAAGAUUUCCAAAUCACAGCUGCAGCGUCUACACCGACUGCGAAGCGGGACCAAAGAACUCAACCGGCGACGUGUUACACGCCAACAUGUGGCUCAGGCGGGGCUUUAA